AACACAGGCACCACAGCUGAGAGACGAUAGAAGCACGCAGCAGCUGAAAGGGAGGGGAACUAGGAAUGAAGGGGAGCAAGGUCCACGAGCACGAGGCAGACGUCCCCGCCUCCGACCUCUGGGCGAUCUACGGCUCCCUCCGCGCCGCGGAACUCCUGCCGGAGCUGCUCCCGCACGUGCUUGCCAAGGUGGAGCUCGUCAGCGGCGACGGCGGUGUUGGUACCAUCUUGCAGCUAAUAUUUCCUCCCGGGAUUCCUGGGCUACAGAGUUACAAGGAGAAGUUCAUCAAAGUUGACAACGAGAACUAUAUCAAGGAGGCAGAAGCCAUUGAUGGCGACAUUUUGAAGCUGGGGUUCGAGGCAUACAUGAUACGGUUUGAGAUCAUUCCAAAAGGGGCCAAUUCGUCUGUCAUCAGGUCGACUAUCGAGUAUGUGAUUGCUGAUGCGCACCCGGAGCUCGAAGCUAUGGUGAGCACAGCAACUUUGGCUGAAACUGCUCAGAAAUUUUCCGAGUUUGCUAAGGCGAAGUAGGUCCCAUAAGGAAUGUCUUGAAAUAUAUAUAUAUAUAUCUCGAGAGCGGAGUUUAUGUUUAUCAUGAAACAAGUGAAAUACAGUUUCAGCGCUUUCGUGUUGCGCCU